GUCUCCGGCCGGCUGGUUCGGGCCGGAGAGCUCCAUCGCAUGCAUGCCGUAGCCUGUUCAAGCCUUUUACGAUUGCCGGAUGAAGCUGAUCCACUGCACUCCGAACAUUUAUCGCUCCCGUUAUCGCUUUUUAAUAGCUAAUAUCUGAAAGCCCGAAACUAUAUUAUUGCGACAUUUGACAUUCGCAACCUUCUCCUGGGUUUAGAAGAAAACGAACUGACAGGCGUAAUGGCAGGAUCUGAACCUGAGCUUCAUAUAAAAACACCUCUUUUGGAGAGCAUUCCAAUGACGAAGAUCGCAGGAUGUCCAGUGUACAUCAAAUGUGACAACAUGCAACCUACGGCAUCCUUCAAAAUUAGGGGUAUUGGAAACAGAUGCAAGAAGGCUCUUGAAGCUGGAUACACAAGAAUCAUAAGUUCAUCAGGAGGAAAUGCUGGUUAUGCUGCUGCAUAUGCUGCAAGACAACUUGGUAUGCCAGCAACAGUUGUGGUUCCGGAGAGUACACCCAAAUUUAUGGCAGACAAAAUACGAGAUCUUGGAGCCAAUGUCAUUGUCCAUGGAAAAGUAUGGGACUAUGCUAACCAACAUGCUCUUCAAUUGGCAGAGGAAGAUCCGUCAGCAGUAGUCAUCCAUCCGUUUGAUCAUCCCGAUGUUUGGGAAGGGCAUGAGACUAUGAUUUUGGAAAUCCAGGACCAGCUUCAUGGUAAAAAACCUGACGUGGUCGUUACAUGCGUCGGGGGUGGAGGCCUGCUCUGCGGUGUCGUUCAGGGUCUUCAGAGGGUUGGAUGGAGUGAUGUUCCUGUAGUUGCCAUGGAAACAUUUGGUGCUGAAAGCUUCAAUGCUGCAGUGAAGGCUGGGAAGCUUGUGACAUUACCAGAUAUAACCAGUAUGUGCAAGUGUCUAGGUGCCCUCACCGUGUGUGAAAAGAGUUUGGAGUAUUCUUCCAAGUAUCCCAUCAUACCUUGUGUCGUUCCAGACAAAGAUGCCAUAAAGGGUUGUCUGAAGUUGCUUGAUGACCAUCGUAUUUUGGUUGAGCCAGCGUGCGGGGCAGCCGCAUCAGCAGUUUACAGCGAUGUCCUAGGCGAGCUGAAGGCCGAGGGCAAGUUGCCUGAGAAACUUGGCUGCGUGGUCGUUGUCGUGUGUGGUGGGGGUGCCAUCAACCUUCAACAGUUGCUCAAAUUCAAGGAAGCCUGUAAUCUAUGAUUUGACUUGUGGGUGAUCAGGGCCCUGUCUUACAAGGAAUUGCGAUAGAUCCAAUCAAUCAUAACUGUGGUAAUCCAUCUUUGUCUUAAUUCUUCAUACAGGAAAUACUAAGUCCAUUUGGAAAUGAGGAGGAUCAGGGGUCCAUUGCAGAAAGAGUUGUGUUUAAACGUAAGUAAAAAAAAAUCAACUGCAAGUCCCAAAUGCGCG